AAGGUCAAGUCGGUGUAUAAAAGGAGAUUCCAUCGGGCCAAUUGGCAGUACCACAAUUAACGUGACAGACGCCAGUGAGGAAACUAACUAGCGAAAAUGAAGUACUUGGCUGUUCUCGUAGCAUUGGUGUCGGCUUGCUCAGCAGCGCCGAGUAUCCUAAGCCCAGGUGUCAUAGGCGCAAGCCUGGCUGGGCCGGUGGCCGGAUCAUCGGUAAUCAGUGGGCCCGUGACUGGACCUGCUAAAGUGAUCGGACCCGUCGCUGGAUCGGCUUUGGUCACCGGAGCUGUGGCUGCUCCAUCCGCUGUCAUCGGAUCUACUCCCGGACACACAAUCAUCUCUGAACCCGGUCUUGUACUCGGCGCUGGACUGGCUGGACCAGCGAUUGUCUCCGCAGGCCAUGGGCUGGCUGGAUCAGCGAUUCUCUCGGCAGGCCAUGGGCUGGCUGGACCAGCGAUUAUCUCGGCAAGCCAUGGGCUGGCUGGACCAGCGAUUCUCUCGGCAGGCCAUGGGCUGGCUGGACCAGCGAUUCUCUCGGCAGGCCAUGGGCUGGCUUCCACAAUCAUUGGUGGUCCCAUCGCGAAAAGUGCAAUCAUCGCCGGAUAAAUCUGUACAACCUUUAUAUCUCACAACUUGAUCACGAUUACACAAACUCUGUAGAUUAUUCCUAAUUAGUUAAACCACUGCCUAUCACCCUACUAUACCAUCACCUUCCUAUCCCGAAACAUACAUAUACGCUUACACCAAUGUAACUGAUUAUUUGUACAAAUAAAUGGAUAUUAUUACUUA